GAUUCAUCUGCGCUGGCAGCCAUUACAGUUUGUCGUUAGCCAUUGGUGUGAAAAGUUCGUGUGUCGUCCCGAAAAACUCGAAGUGAAAAAGUGAAAAUUUGCUGGAAAAACCACCCGAAAUCUGGUGAAAACUGUGCAAUUCCGUUCCCGGAGCUCACCGUAAAGAACUAAAGAAAGCCACUGUAGCUCGGCGUCCAACUGCUAAGGCAGCGUAAAUUUUCCAAAAUGGCUCAACCAGCUGCUGCUACCGGUGGUGAUGGCGAACUAGAUGAAAACCUUUUCAUAAAUCCGACCGAUGGCCUCUCGAACGAGCACCCGGCUCUACCCAGUGCCUACGACUCGGAUAACGAAUCCAACCCGGUGGACGACGAUCUGCUGGAAGAUCUGCCGACGUCAAUUAUCGUCACCAACAUCCACUCGGAGGUGUUCAGCAGCGACGAGUUGAAGGCUCACAUGGAGGAUCUGUUUAAGAUCUUCUCGGAGAAUACCACCUUUCAAUGGUUGAAAAGCUUCCGUCGGCUACGGGUGAACUACGAUACCGCCAUCGCCGCGGCAAACGCUCGCAUUCAGCUGCAUCAGUAUCCCUUCGGGAAGUCCAUCAUCACCUGUUAUCUAGCUCAACCGGUGACGCCGGUGUCGAACACGAAUCUCAAACCACCGGCACUAACCAAACAGUUCCUGAUUUCCCCACCGGCAUCGCCACCGGCCGGGUGGGAACCGGCCGAAGAAAACGAACCCCUCGUCAAUCACGACCUGCUGGCGGCUCUGGCCAGUCUAACUCCCGGGGAAAUUCACGAAAUCCACGCCCAAUCCGAAAGCCAUCCGGGUAUUGUGCUGCACACGGCCCACGGCGGCGCAGCGGACGAUGACCUGAACAAUCGAUCGUCCGGAGGAAGCAGCUUCGACGAAGACGACGACGGUAGUGGCGUUCCGCGGAAGGGACGAAUCGCCCACACCCGCUGCCCGGAGCGGCAGAAUUCGACCUAAACGUUCAGUGCCGGGAUGGGUGCGCGGUCGAAAGUUUUAGAUAAUAAUUGUGAUUUUAAUGAUGUUGCAACUCCUUUAUGUUUGCUGUUUGUUUGUAUGUUUUGUAUCGAAUGAAGCGAGCGCGAGGGCUUUUAUAUUAUUUUAUAUUGGUGCAGCAGUUUUGAAAGUAGUCCUAUCGUUCAGCAGAGGCAGUCGCCGUACGUUGUGUACAUAAGUAGUGGAAAAGUUAAAUUUUGUAAAUAUGUAUAAUUUAUAGAAUUGGCAUUCUUCGUUUCCUAAAUUUCAAACCCGGGCUGUUUGGGGGGAAUAUUCACGUUAGGCUUAACAUUGGGUAUAUCUUAUUUGGUUCAAACAUUGUAGUGAAAGUCAUGUUUUCAAUGCUAAUUUUAAAAUGUUCGACCUAAUAACAGAAUAAAUCAAUAUCACCCCUUGUUAGUGCUGAACUUUGAACCAUAAUACGCAAAGUGAGAGUUUCGUUUGCUUUUGCGACAGCGAACCAGAGUCAGUCUUGAAAGAUGGAUGGAUGACAUAUGACGGUACAGUGCCAUGUAAUCAGUGAGUGUUUGUUGCUUUAUUGGUGGGAAUAGUCGUCUUUGUGAGCUGCAUUUAGAGUUCUAAUGGAUCGGAUUUCUACGAAUUCACUAGUCCCAGUGGAGGGACAUCUACUUCUUCUUUGGCUUUAUUACGUCCCUAUUGGGACUUUUUCGCCGGUCAUCAACUUAGUGUUCUAGAUGCACUUCUAGAGUAACAUUUGAAAUGGGCCUAUGUUUAAAACGUAAACAAAUCGGGUUUUGAUACUAUUCUUUAGCACCGCUUGAUAGCCACUAAUCGUGUGGGAAAAUUCCGCAUAAUCGAGAAAAAUCAUUAAAAAUAACUCGAUUUUCGAAACGGCCGAUCAACGAAAUUUUUCGAUUCAUUAUUAGGUCCGAACGCUAAAACGGCCAACCAUUCAUUUAUUUCAUUUCAUUGAUAAGCCUAGUGACGUAGAAGAGCCGAUGAUUGAACAUUUUCAAACCAAAGCUAGGCCCUACUGUUUGAGGCAGGGCCGAUGAUUUGUUUUGAAUUUAUUCGACGUUGCGAAAAGGCUUAUCAAAGGGCGUACCAUUCGUGAUGACAAGCACAACGGCUUAACAAAAAGGGCCUAUCCAAAAAGGCUUAUUAAUUUAUGAAAUUAAAUUGUUAUCGAUUUUCAUAUAUUUUUGAAAGCUUUUUGCAUAUUUUGGAGGUUGUAUACUGAGAUCAGGGCCCAGCAAAGUCACUUUCAAUCGAAAAUCGUCAAGCGACAACGAAGUUGUCAACCAUCACUUUCAAUUGAAAGUCAUUCGGUCUUCUCUUCGAGCAGAUCCCCUUCAACCUCAACAGAACCACUUUGGAUCAGUGUUCAUGCUGUUUGUUUUGGCUUGACUCGUGUUCAUUUCAUCUUUCAUUGUCAAAUGAACAUGCUUUCGCAUUGAUGCAAAGCUGUUCGAUAACAAUUCGCUCAGUUUUUCUGACUUGAUUUUCCACUCGGUCCAUCAAAGAUCUGCGCAUGUGGGCGUCAAAUUUAUUAUUGUCGGGUGGUUUGUUUGCCCAUCAAUAUGGGUACUUUUGGAAUCAGGGUGACGUAUACAGGCCAGAAAUCGAUAACCGACGCCAUUUUGGAAUCCAGGAUGGCGGCUUCCGAUAUCAGGAAAAGUGCGAAAUUCUAUCAAAUACCUAUAAAUAUGUUUUUUUUUAAAGAAUCAUGGUAACGUCUAAAAGCCGGAAAUCGAUGUCCGACGCCAUUUUGAAAUCCAAGACAGUGGCUUUCGAUUUAAGAAAAAGUGUCAAAUACCCUAAAAUACGUUUUUUGGAAUCCAAGAUGGUGGCUUCCGGUUCUAGAAAAUGUGGUAAAUAUUGUCAAAUACCCAUCAAUAUGGAUAUUUUUGGAAUCGGUAUGACGCCUAGAGAAAUCCAGGAUAUCCGACCGCAGUUUUAAAUCCAUGAUGGCGGCUUCCGGAUUUAAAAAAAAAGAUGGAAAUUCUAUCAAAUAUCCAUGCAUAUGUUAACGUCUAGAAGCCUCAAGUCGAUAUCCGACGCCAUUUUUAAAUUUAAGACGGCAGCCUCCGAUUUGAGGUAAAGUUUCAAAUACCCUAAAAUUUGAGUAUUUUCAGAACGGAAUGACACGUAUAUUGUGAAAAUCGUUGUCAGACGCCAUCUUGAAAUCCAAUAUGGCGACUUCUGAUUUCAGAAAAAGUGGAAAAUACUGUCAAAUACCCAUCAAUGUGGGUAUUUUCUAAAUCCCAGUAACGUUUAGAGGUCUGAAACUGAUGUUUGACUGGUGGCUUUGGAUCAGAAAAAUAAUAAAAUACUGUCAAAUGCCGAGGUGACAUCUAGAGGCCAGAAAUCGAUCACCGAUGCCAUCUUGAAAUUAAAGAUGGUGACUUCCGAUUUCAGAAGAAGUGUCAAAUAGCGUACAAAUGGCGUUGGAUAUCGAUUUUCUAAAUUUACGUGUCGUCCCCGUUCCGAAAAUACCCAUAUUGUAGGGUAUUUGACACAUUUUCUAAAACCAGUUGGGCACCAUAUUGGAUCCCAAAAUGGUACCUGAUAUCGAUUUUCGACAUCUACGCGUUGUCCCCGUUCCAAAAAUACUCAUAUUGUAGGGUAUUUGAUACUUUUUUGAAACCCAAUGGCCGCCAUCUUGGAUUCCAACAUAGCGGCGGAUAUCGAUUUUUAGCAUCUAAACGUUGUCCCCGUUCCGAUAAUACCCAUAUCUUACGGUAUUUGACACUUUAGAAAACCAAUAGUCACUAUCUUGGAUUCCAAAAUGGCGUCGAGUAUCGAUUUUACCCAUAUGUUAGGGUAUUUAAAACUUAAUCUGAAACCCGAUGGCCGCCAUUUUGGACUCCAGAAUGACUUCGUUAAUUUAAUUUUCGUUUAAUUUAAAAUAAUAUUUUAUUACUGUAUAUAAUCUGGAU